CGCAACUGCGAGAUUCCUUUUGGCGUGAAGGCGUCGUCCCGAACGUGGACACCUGCGGCGUGAGUCAGGUUCCGCUCGGAACAUUUACCACGCAAAUCCCGUAUCUGAUCCCCUCUGCGUUGUGAGCUGAUCUUGAUCUCGGUGGAAUUGACCAUCAGAGACAAAGCUUUCACGUUACGGGGAGCCAUGGAGCCCUGAACCUUUCGGGUGAACGUUAUCGUGAGGAGAAGAUGCUCUCCUGACGAUUUUCAUGGAUAGUGGAGCUACCCCCAUCUGCAGGCAACAUCAGGACAACGAGGCGAUGCUUCGAUUGGGCAAGGCCAAGACCUGUCGACCGGUUACUGGGUUGACAAUGGCAUAGGCACCUACCACAGACAUCGCAGAGCACAUACAGUAAUCCAUCGGGUCGAGUACAGUCAGCUAAAGCAAUCAGGGUUGUUGAUCAGGAGGGCCAUGUCGACAACGACCCAGUCGAACAGGUCGCUCUACCACCCAACUAAAUGGAAAGGCUUCAAUCGAGCGUCGUCCGCCGAGAUGACAGCUUUUGGGAUUCUCGGCUUGAUCAACUUUAUCGCUUGCGGGGCCUUGCUCCUGACCCACUUGUGGUGUAGAAACACGCUGGACGUCCCGAGAAAGAUUCGUCGACGGCUACGAUCGCUCAAGAGAACGAACCUGGAUCAGAGGGAGACCGAUGACGACGACGAUUGGUUCGCGCCUGAACUGCAAGCGGAUCGAUCCACCUUGAACCUCUUGGCCGUCAGCUGUCUUUCGACCCCGCCUUGGAUCUUGCUUUACCUCGACUCGGCCGUGGCAUAUUCGACCAAGCCGCCGGCUUAUGGGGUAUGUCUUGUGCAGGGGAGUUUCGUCAUGGGAUGGGCAGUGUUUAUGGCCGCGGGGGCAUUUGGAGUUGUGAUGAAGAUCUGGCCCCGCAUAACCAGGCUGAACUCGAGCUUGAUGCCGUAUGUUAUGCCACUCUGGUUGGAAAUCUUGCUACUCGCUCUUCCCUGGGUUUUGCUCGCGAUCUUCUUCUUCAGCGCUCUAGCCUUGGGGAUCAAACAGCCCCAGCGAGUACUGAUGGGUCAAUUCUAUUGUUGGAUAUUUGCUUACAAUUUACAACGAGCUGCUCUGGCCGUUUCUAGCGCCUUGCUGCUAGCGGUCCUCUUGCUCGAGGUUCACAUGACGUACUUCAUCAUCCGGUACCUAGCGAUCUCCGGUAAAGAACCAACCAGGACGGCGAUUCGUCCACCACCCAUGUCUGAAGCGAGCGAUAUGCCGCCGGAAACAUUUGUACCUCCUCAAACUCAAUCAGAGAUGGACGCAGAACGUGGUCCCUCGAAGAACAAGAGGAAGGCAAGGCGCAUCGGAGGGAUUCGGAUAGGGGUCAUCAUCAGGCCCAUGGGUUUCGGAGUAUGUUGCUUGAUCGGUCUCGGUAUGACAACGGUAACACUAGUAAUCGACCGGACUGCCACUUGGGGCAAGCUCGUGUUGGCUUCCAUCCCGCUAGGAGCUUUCUUUUCGUAUGCCAGUCAGCCGGAAAUCUUGCGGGUUUGGGGACUAGGCCGUCUGCUCGGAGAUUCUCGAACGUUUCGUAGGGCCGCAGGGACAGGCUCUCAUGACAUCGACCUUGACGAUCUGUCCGGCCGUCAAAGCUCAUCGCAGCCAUAUUGGGGAUCCGUCGCUACGGAAAGCAAGAGCAAAUCCUCUUCUCAGGACAAGGACGAUUUCGACCCUGAAGUAUCGACUCUUGCGUAUAACGCCCCGCCUCUGCCUGAGGUUCGGUCUUCGGAAGCAGAGCGUGGAGAUGAAGAGCUGGCAAUCGUGCCGACAAAUGAUGUCCCGCAUGCUUCCGGCGCCGACCUUUUCCGCAAAGGUGUACGAGAGUGGAACCUGAUGGUCAAUCAGCAGGACGAUCGAGGCGCCGCGGCCGUGGCUGCUAUGCGCAAGAGGUCAGUGUGAAGAAAGGUCUGCAAUUAGGUCAAGUUGUAUUAUUGCCGUUCGACGACGCUUGAGAAUACCACCAUGCAUGCAAUGUUGGGGCAUGCUCGCCCUUAUCCAC